CCUCUGAGACUCGAAAUCAAGCGCAAAUUUGCUCAAAGAUCAGAAAGAGUCAAAUCUGUAGAUCUUCAUCCAACAGAACCAUGGAUCCUGGCAAGUUUGUAUUCCGGAACAUUGUGCAUUUGGAAUUAUCAGACACAGACAAUGGUCAAAUCUUUCGAGGUGACUGAAUUGCCAGUUCGGUCUGCUAAGUUUGUUGCACGCAAGCAGUGGGUUGUAGCUGCAGCUGAUGACAUGUUUAUUCGUGUCUACAACUACAACACAAUGGAUAAGAUCAAAGUAUUUGAGGCUCAUGCUGAUUACAUCAGGUGUGUGGCUGUUCAUCCCACCCUUCCCUAUGUGUUAUCAUCAUCGGAUGAUAUGCUUAUCAAGCUCUGGGACUGGGAGAAGGGUUGGCUUUGCACUCAGAUUUUCGAAGGGCAUUCCCAUUAUGUUAUGCAAGUGACUUUCAAUCCGAAAGACACCAAUACUUUUGCUAGUGCAUCCCUUGACCGUACCAUAAAAAUAUGGAAUCUUGGUUCUCCAGAUCCAAAUUUUACUCUGGAUGCACAUCUGAAAGGGGUCAACUGUGUCGACUACUUUACUGGUGGGGAUAAACCAUACCUGAUCACUGGUUCUGAUGAUCAUACUGCUAAGGUGUGGGACUACCAAACAAAGAGUUGCGUUCAGACACUUGACGGUCACACACACAAUGUUUCUGCAGUAUGUUUCCAUCCAGAGCUUCCAAUAAUCAUCACGGGAUCCGAAGAUGGAACUGUUCGCAUAUGGCAUGCCACCACUUACAGGCUUGAGAAUACAUUGAACUAUGGCCUUGAGAGAGUUUGGGCUAUUGGACACAUGAAAGGUUCACGCCGGGUUGUAAUUGGUUAUGACGAAGGGUCCAUAAUGGUGAAACUUGGCCGUGAAAUACCAGUGGCUAGUAUGGACAACAGUGGGAAAAUUAUUUGGGCUAAACACAAUGAGAUACAUACUGUGAACAUCAAGAGCUUGGGCACAGAUGAGGUUUCGGGAACACUUUUAUAUUGCAGUUUGAUAGAUUACUGCUUGAAGCACAACCCUAAUGGUAGGUUUGUCGUUGUUUGUGGAGAUGGUGAGUACAUUAUCUACACUGCCUUGGCAUGGAGAAAUAGGUCAUUUGGCUCGGCACUGGAAUUUGUUUGGUCAUCUGAGGGGGAACAUGCUGUCAGGGAAAGCUCGUCAAAGAUCAAGAUCUUCAGCAAGAACUUCCAGGAAAAAAAGACUGUUAGGCCUACUUUCUCAGCAGAGCACAUUUUUGGUGGGACGCUAUUGGCAAUGUGCUCAAGUGAUUUUAUCUGCUUCUAUGAUUGGGCGGAAUGUAGGUUGAUUAGGCGAAUAGAUGUUACCGUCAAAAAUCUUUAUUGGGCUGACAGCGGCGAUCUAGUUGCAAUUGCAAGUGAUUCAUCAUUCUACAUCCUUAAGCUCAAUCGCGACAUUCUUUCCUCUUAUUUGGAUGGCGGUAAACAAGUUGACGAGGAAGGUAUUGAGGACGCGUUUGAGCUUCUCAAUGAAACCAAUGAACGUGUUCGGACUGGCUUAUGGGUAGGGGAUUGUUUUAUCUAUACCAACUCUUCGUGGAGGCUUAACUACUGUGUUGGUGGUGAGGUAACGACAAUGUAUCAUCUGGACCGUCCUAUGUACUUGUUGGGUUAUCUCGCUAAUCAAAGUCGAGUUUAUUUAAUUGACAAAGAGUUCAAUGUUAUUGGUUACACUCUACUUUUAAGUUUGAUUGAGUACAAGACUCUUGUGAUGCGUGGAGAUUUGGAACAAGCUAAUCAAGUCUUACCCUCAAUUCCUAAGGAGCAUCAUAAUAGCGUGGCGCAUUUUUUGGAAUCACGUGGUAUGACAGAAGAUGCUCUGGAAGUAGCUACUGAUCCCGAUUACAGAUUCGACUUGGCCAUACAGCUCGGUAGAUUGGAGGUUGCAAAGGACAUUGCUGUAGAAGCACAAAGUGAGUCAAAAUGGAAGCAACUUGGAGAAUUAGCGAUGUCCACUGGGAAGCUGGACAUGGCUGAGGAAUGCAUGAGGCAUGCUAUGGAUUUGAGUGGUCUGUUGCUGCUAUAUUCUUCCUUGGGGGAUGCAGAAGGAUUGACGAAGCUGGCAGCACUAGCUAAAGAGCAAGGAAAGAAAAAUGUCGCUUUUCUUUGCUUGUUCAUGUUGGGUCAAUUAGAAGACUGUCUGCAUCUUUUGGUGGAAAGUAAUCGGAUACCUGAAGCCGCUCUGAUUGCACGAUCAUACCUUCCGAGCAAGGUCUCCGAAAUAGUGGCGUUGUGGAGAAACGAUUUGACCAAGAUAAGUCCAAAGGCUGCUGAAUCUCUGGCUGAUCCUGAAGACUAUCCCAAUCUCUUUGAGGACUGGCAUGUCGCCCUGUCCCUUGAAGAAAGAGCUGCUGAGACAAGGGGCGCCCAUCCUCCUGCUGGGGAUUAUGGUGGUCAUGCACACAGAGAUCAUACAACUUUGGUGGAAGCUUUUAGAAUCAUGCAAAUUGAAGAAGAAGAGAGGCUUGAGCACGGGGAUGUUCACGACGAGGUUGGGGAACAGGAAGAAGAGGAACAUGAGGAAGAGAGUAGUGAUGGGAAGGAACAGAAUGUGGAAGAAGAGGCUGUUGUGGUGGACGCUGACUCAACAGAUGGCGCUGUGCUAGUUAAUGGGAACGAGUCUGAAGAACAGUGGGGUAUGAUUAGUGAAGGAAACCCUUCUAACACCACCACAGGAGUAGGGUUCAUAACAUUCUUGGCCUUGAAAAGUGAUAUAGUCAACAGAGUAAUGGGGAAGCAGCAGAGAGAAGAGUCUGAUAUUGUUUAA